CCUAUGGCAAAGCAAUAAAGAUGUGGGAGAAAAAAACACAGGUGAGGGGAAUCAGGCUGGGUGAUGCCCUUGGAGGGCAGAGAAUUUUAAUUUCUGUACUCUCAGCUGCUAGUACAUUUUCAUACAUUUGAGCCAUACUUUUACAAUAGUGAAUGGAAGAAUGCACGUUAAGCAAUAGGAUUGGAGAAAAAGAUCAGGGCUAAAUUGUUGAAAGUAAACAUUUUACAGGAAAAGGAAUCUUGGAUUUGAAGUCAGAAAACCGGAAGCAAGUUUUUGACUCAUGGCCUGUAUUUUUACACUGGCUCUACAACUUACCUGCUGUUCGGCCUGAGCAAAAACACUGACACCUUCAAUCUCCUCAACUGUAAAACAGGUAUACCACCUACCUUCCCAAAUUAUUGUGAGAAUUAAGUACCAAGCGAGCGAUUAUCAAAGGGCCGGGCACUAGUAAGCACGCAAUAAUGAUACCGGCUGCAGCUGCUAACGUCUCCGUUAGGUCUUUCUCCAUAUUUGUGAGAAGUUAAGGGCCAAGAAGAGCCUUUCUUCAAUAUCCCAUCCUGCACGGAGAAAAAUUACACUUGGUUUGCCAAGGACGAAAGGCCCCGCCCGGCACGAGCCGUACAGGUCACCUACGCAGACGGCGAUCCCGGGGCUUCCGCCGGAGCGCGGGGCCUGGAGACCGCGAAGCCCGCCAGCCGUCCCCGAGAGACGGGGUCGGAUAAGGUUGGCUUUGUGGGGCCGAGCGGAAUUUCACCGAAAACUGGUCUCCACCACCAUCCGAUUGGCCUGCAGGCCCAGCCUUGCAAAGGGUGAAGGGAGGGGAGCCGGAAGUGAUGCAAAGCCGCCAGGAACAGGAAAUGACCCUCGCGUGCCGGAAGCCGGAAGUUUAUUCGUUUCCAAGGCAACGGUCACCACCCUCUCCGACCUGGCGGCCGGAGUCGGGGACGCUGGAACGCUCCUUCGAGGAGCGGGUCCCCAUCGACGGCGGCCGCCGCCUCAGCGACUCGCGGGGAGACGCAGCCGAAGCCGGCGGCCGCGGCGCCGGCCCUCUGGGGUGGAGGACAGACGGCCGGCCCGGGCACCGCGGCGGCCAGUGUGAGGAGAGAAGGAGCGAAGACCGGGAGUUUUGUCUCAGGGAAGACACGGAAAAAAACCGCGAAGAAGACGACCGCCCCUGCAGCGUCUCCGCGGGGAGAGUGAGAGACGACGGGGGCCUCUCCGGCAAGGACCGGAGGAGGCUCCGUGAAGACCUGGGCCGCCGCCGCGGCGGUUCUGAGGAGACAGUUCGGGGUGGCGGAGGCCACGGCCACAGCGGCUUCCCCAGCACUGACGCCGGUGGUCUCUGUCAGGUCGGCGGCGCCCCGGGCAGGGACUCCGGGGGAGCCGUCGGAGAAGACCGCAGCCUCCGUGCUUGGGAGGGAGUCGGAGAAGCCCGCGGCGCCGGGACCAGCGACUCCGCCGGGGAGAGGGGCGGCGACGAGCUCGGCCGCCGCCUCGGUGGCUCCCGGCGAAGGGGGAGCGUGGACGACGGCACCAGCUUCAGCAGUUCCUGGGAAGGAGUGGGUGAAGACCGCGGCUACGCGGCCAGCGACUCCUCCGUGGUGAGCGGCGGCCAAGACGACAGCCACCGCCUUAGGGGCUCCUGGGAGGACCGCGGCGCUGGGCCCGGCGAGGACGAGGACGAGGACGGCCGCUGCAGUGACUCCUGGAGGAUAGCGAGUGAGGACCGCCGCAGCAGCCGCGGCCAGGAUUCGUCUCCUCCUCCUCCUCGGCGUCCGUGGGAUCGCACCAUGCCCGGGGUGCCCCUUUCAGACCCCUCCGCUUCCUUCACGGAGUCCGCAACCCCGUUAGGUGCCAGGAGGAAGGUGCAUUUUAGUAGCAUACAUGAUGCAGUACGCGCUGGAGAUGUAAAGCAGCUUUCAGAAAUGGUAGAACGUGGAGUCAGCAUUAAUGAAGUUGAUGUUCUCCACAAAUUUACCCCUUUACAUUGGGCAGCACAUUCGGGAAGCUUGGAGUGUCUUCAUUGGCUCCUCUGGCACGGAGCUGAUAUUACACAAGCAACUAUGAGAGGCUGGACAGCAGCUCACAUAGCUGCAAUCAGGGGUCAAGAUGCUUGUAUGCAGGCUCUCAUAAUCAACGGAGCAAAUUUGACAACUAAAGAUGAUCGUGGUUGCACUCCUUUACAUCUUGCUGCAACACAUGGACAUUCUUUCACUUUGCAAAUAAUGCUCCGGAGUGGAGUGGAUCCCAGCAUAACUGAUGUGAGAGAAUGGAAACCUGUACAUUAUGCAUCUUUUCAUGGGCGACUUGGCUGUUUGCAACUUCUAGUUAAGUGGGGAUGUGGCAUAGAAGAUGUGGACUACAAUGGAAACCUUCCAGUUCACUUAGCAGCCAUGGAAGGCCACCUUCACUGUUUUAAAUUUCUACUCAGUAGAAUGAACAAUGCAACACAAGCUUUAAAAGCCUUCAAUGACAAUGGAGAAAAUGUGCUGGACCUGGCCCAGAGGUUUUAUAAGCAGAAUAUUUUACAGUUUGUCCAGGGGUCUGAGUAUGAAAGAAAUGAUCCAAAAGAUCAGGAAAGUUUAGCAUUUCCAGGUCACGUGGCUGCCUUUAAUGGUAAUUUGGAAAUGCUUAAGAAAUUAAUAGAAGAUGGAGUAAUCAAUAUUAAUGAACGUGAUAAUAAUGGAUCAACUCCUAUGCAUAAAGCUGCUGGACAAGGUCACAUAGAAUGUUUGCAGUGGAUAAUUAAAAUGGGAGCAGACAGUAAUAUUACCAACAAAGCAGGGGAGAAACCCAGUGAUGUGGCUAAGAGGUUUGCCCAUUUAGCAGCAGUAAAGCUUUUAGAGGGGCAACAGAAAUAUGAUAUAGAUGAUUAUGAAAUUGAUGAAGAUGAUAUGAAGUGUUUUAUAAGACAUGGUGUUGAGGGAAGCACUGAUGCUAAAAAUGAUUUAUAUCUUAAUGAGUCGGAUAAAACAGAUGCCAGAAUGAGAGCUUAUAAGAAAAUUGUAGAAUUGAGACACCUCCUGGAAAUUGCUGAAAGCAACUAUAAACACUUGGGAGGGAUAACAGAAGAAGACUUAAAACAGAAGAAAGAACAGCUGGAGUCUGAAAAGACUAUCCAAGAGCUGCAGGACCAGCUGCAGUAUGAACGACUACGGAGAGAAAAGCUAGAAAGUCAGCUGGAUGAGUAUCGAGCAGCGGUGGAUCAGCUCAGGGAGAACCUGGAAGAUAUUCAGGUCCCCAGUCUCAUGGCAGUGGAAGAUGACUCUUCUAUUGAGUCAAGCAAAGAGAAGAAGCGAGUGAAGAAAAAAGUGUCUUCUAGGGGUGUUUUUGUGAGAAGGUACUAAGCAAUGAAACAAAUUUAAAUAAACUUGCUUGAUUUCUCUCUUUUAUUU